UUUUGUGAAUCAACAUAUGAUCUUGAGUCUGAUAAGCUGAUAUACAAUCUUGAAUUUAAUAGACCAACAUGUAAUUCUGUAAUUGUUGUUCAAAAAAAUAAAGACAUCAGAUUGAAAGAGAAGCUAUACGAAGGAAUAAUAUUUCAAAGUUGGGAAGAAGCAUUUGACACAUUAGAACUUUAUUCUCAAUAUGAAGAAUUUAAGCUAAGGAAGGAACGUAUUGAGAAGACUUCUAGUAGAUCUAUACACAAUGACUAUAAUCAUGAAUUGUCACUUUGUAGAACAAAAUUUUUUAAUGAUAGUAAACUUACCAAAGAAAUGUAUAAAAGGGUAGAAUUUUAUAUGAAUACUGUUAAGCUAAAGCCACUACAAAUUCAGAGGACUUUAUGGAAAGAAUUUUUUGACCAUGAAGUUUACCUUUCUGAAAUUUAUAAAGCAACAGUUUUAUGUCAGACUAAACAAGCUACUGGAGGCUAUGUGCCUGCUAUUAUUAUGACUGAUAUCAAUUUGGCUUUGGAUCUUGCAAUCUCUGAGGACCUACUCGAACUUGCUGAAGCCUUGGAAGCAAAUAUAGAAGAAGAGAUUAAAAAAGCAAAGUAUGCUUAUUGGAAGACGCGAAUUCCAUUGAUGUCAUCUGCCACUACAUUAUCACAAAUAUUAUUUUCUGAACUCGAUAAGGCUUUGAGUCGGUUUAUUAUGUCUGAAAUACAAAAAAUUCAGCAUGCUGAAAUUAAAAGUUGCCUAAAUUAUCAUGCAUCUGCUGUCACAAAAGAUGAAAUGAUUAAAUAUCAAGUGAUGAUGUUAUAUAGUCAUAUAGCUGUGUUCCAUAUUACAUAUAUUCAUAAAAGAUGGUACAAGGAUAUUUAUAGCGAUUUACAAGAAGAGCCUUAUUAUGUCACUAUAUGUUUUAGCAAGAAUCGUUCUCAAGAUCAACCUACAGAAUUUACAAGACAAGAUGUUCUUGAAAAACCACAAAAUUUAUUAACUGAAAUUCAGGAAGAAGAAUUAGUAAACAGCCUAGCCAAUGAUAGUAAUGAGGAUGUGUGCAGUAAUAGCUUAGAUGACAAUGAAGAAUGUGAAGAAACUAAUUCAUUAGUUAAUAUACCUCUUCAAUAUUCAAAAAAACGUAAGACGAAAGAACGUCUAAAAAGUUCCAAGUGA